CUCACGCUGUCAUUUUCGAUGUGUGAGGCGUAAUGCGGUUGACCCGUUCCUAGUAUUAUCAUUCAGUCGGCAGUUCUGAGGCACAUUUCCUUGUUGUGAGAGAGUCUCCACGGCAUCAGAUUUUACCGGAAACGUCAACUAUUCUGGCCACUGUUUACAUGUUACAGUAGGAAAGAGGAGGAAAGAUAAUUCCUCAUCAUGGGGAAUUGCUGUGGAGGACCGAAGGAGAGGAAUUACAACCCACAGGCCGGUGUACGAACAGACAUCGGGGCGCAGCAACAGCAGCAACAACCGCAGGCCGUCAACUCCACACACAACCACCAGCCUCCGCAGCACAGAAUACAUCAUGCCGAUGCUUUGCCCCGCCAGACCGGUGGCCCAUCGACAUCGGUCGCCCCCGGUUUUAAACUCUACGUUGCCCUGUUUGACUAUGAUGCCAGAACCAACGAGGACUUGAGUUUCAGGAAGGGGGAGGAACUCGAGGUUCAGAAUGACAGUGGGGACUGGUGGCUUGCACGUUCAAGAACCACGAAGAAGGAGGGGUACAUUCCUUGUAAUUAUGUAGCCAAAAGGCAAUCAUUGGAAUCAGAGCCAUGGUAUUUCCAAAAUAUAAAGAGAGUCGAUGCAGAGAAGAAGUUACUGCUACCACAGAAUGAGCACGGAUCCUUUUUAAUCAGAGAGAGUGAAAGCAGAAGGGGAGACUUCUCCUUAUCACUACGAGAUGGCGAUACUGUUAAGCACUACAGAAUACGGCAACUUGAUCAUGGAGGUUAUUUCAUUGCACGGCGAUCUACAUUCACCACACUGACGGAUCUUGUCAAACACUACACAGUGGAAGCCGACGGGCUGUGUGUUAACCUCCGUAAACCAUGUGUAUUGGUGGAGAAGCCACAAACGAUUGGCUUGUCCUACAACACGGCUGACCAAUGGGAGAUCCCUAGGAAUUCUCUGCAGAUGGUCAAGAGGCUAGGAGGCGGUCAGUUUGGUGAGGUGUGGGAGGGGCUGUGGAACAACACAACUCCGGUGGCAAUCAAGACGUUGAAACCAGGUACUAUGAACAAAGACGACUUCCUCAAAGAGGCUCAAAUUAUGAAGAAGCUGAGACACCCGAAGCUGAUCCAGCUGUAUGCUGUCUGCACCAUGGAGGAACCCAUGUACAUCGUUACAGAACUCAUGAUCAAUGGGGCCCUGUUGGACUUCCUACAGACAUCAAAGGGUCGAAUGUUGAAGCUUCCAGAGCUGAUUGAUACGGCGUCGCAGGUGGCUUCCGGCAUGGCCUACCUGGAGAAACAGAGCUACAUCCACAGGGAUCUAGCCGCCAGGAAUGUCCUGGUAGGAGAAGCCAAUAUCUGUAAAGUGGCAGACUUUGGCCUGGCAAGAAUCAUCAAGGAUGAUAUUUAUGAGUCUCGUGUUGGUGCCAAGUUCCCAAUCAAGUGGACAGCUCCAGAAGCAGCUAACUACCUUGCCUUCACUAUCAAAUCUGACGUCUGGUCCUUCGGAAUUCUACUCACAGAGAUUGUCACAUAUGGCAGAAUACCUUAUGCAGGUUACACCAAUAAACAAGUACUUGACAUGGUGGAGACGGGUUUCCGUAUGCCGUGUCCGCCGGGAUGCCCCCCGGAGCUGUACGACAUCAUGCUCGAAUGCUGGAAGGCUACUCCGCUAGACCGACCGACGUUUGAAACUCUCCAAUGGAAACUAGAGGAGUUCUUUGUCAACACUGGUGACCAGUACAGGGAACCAUCUGGCAUCAAUUGAUAAUGGUUGGGAUGCGAUUAAAUAAUUCCUAACACCCGGUUCAUAUUCGGCGCGAAAGCGAAAGCAAACGCGAAUUUGUGACGUCAUGGUAAGUAUUCGCGGUGCGAAUUCGUGAAAUCAACAUAUUUCAGCGAAUUUCGCAGCGAAUUCGCUUCGCAUGAAGUAUGAACCUAUCUUUAUUGUGGUAUGAGGGAAAGGAAUAUGCAUUAAAAACGUAGAUUAAACCAACCAUUCUUAAAAUACAAUAAAAUUUCUAGAAAAUCAAGUAUGUGAAUUUUACAUGCUCCAAUUGUUGGAGGUAAUCAAAUCAAAUACUGACUGGCUGUAGUGUUUUUGGAUAGGUGAUGGCAAAAUUAGAACCCGUCACUUAAGUGUAAUGUGACCUGUGUCCAUCUUUGUUUGGGGGAUUACAGUGCGAUACAAAAAACAUAACGGAAGUUAGAACUCAUGUAUCUGAACAUGAAUCGGUUUUGUACUCUAAGUAAACAAUUUUGUCUUUACAAUAAAAAAUAUAUUGAAAAUGCUGCUAUUCCACUUCACGUUAGAGUAAGUAUUAGGUCGUGUCCGAAUUACUUGGCCACGGCUUGAAAUUACACAUGUCUAUGGGCUCUGUGCGCCAACAAAAGAGGGUGCGUUUUUACCUUUUUUUGAGAGCUCCGUGGACGGGACACACAGCGUGCGCGUACUGUACUGUACUGGUUCGCGUGCGAAGUACUCACGACUUCCUGAACAUGCUGAAUGUACAAAAGAUAUAGCCACUGCGUCUUGGCGUGAGCGUCAGGCGUCAUCGGCGCGGGAAUACCUUCAAAUUCAACUUGCAAUGGUCUCCGAGACUAAUCCCCGCCUCCAAUAACUUUGGAUACAUUCGAAAUACGCAGUGGAUGGAUCGGGAACCAGUCUAGGUCACCCCCAACUCUCCUUUUCUGGGCGUUGAUGGGGUACUUCUGCACGAAGCCCAUGGUAGCGGCUGCAGCCACUUCCCAUAGACUUGUGUGUAAUUUCAAGCCGUAGUCAAGUAAUUUGGACAUGGCCAGGGGCGGCUCGAAAACUUUGCUGGCUAAAUAAGGCCAUCUCUGAAUCAUUGUGUGUAUGGCUAUGGCAUUGUCAUUGAUCCAUACCUGUCAAAAUCCAUAGCCCUGAGCAAAACUGAUUUAAGCAUGGCCUGCAGUAAGCCUCUGUACUGAUGACGUCACACUUUGUUUACGUGUGUGCUUUCCUAUGGUGCUCAGUGGACCGUGGGCCCCCACUGGCUCCAUAGGAACAAAGUGUGACGUCAUCAGUACAGAGGCUUAUUCAGUCAGCCACCCUGUCUUAAAUUGAAAAUGUCCCACAGGUGCACAGAUGUAUGCUCACGGUAUCACAUUCUUUAAAAAAUAGGGAAGGCAACGAUUUGCAAUGACUUCUUGCUUCAUGAUAACAAAAGUAGAGAUUGCGCUGUAAACUACACACUUAGAUACAUAAUACAAUAAGGUAUGUAAGAACAAAGGCAUGUCCUCAGUAUUGAUAGUUUCCCCUCAUUUACACAAAACAACUUUUCUUUCCAUACACUAAUGUCAUGUACUUUGAAAGUGAGUAGUUGGAAUGGUUUUGAAAGACAAUUCCAAGGGAAUGCAUGUACAUUGCCCUUUGUACAAGUACAGUUCUAUCUGUUGUCUGUUUUUGUAAUCAGCUGUCUGGAGAAUGUCCCUCAUUUGCAAAUUGUGGGACGAAUUUGUGUUGAUUUCUGUCACUUUGCACAAUGAUUAUUCUUGUGUGCAAUGAAUCAGUUUGACUUAGCUUGGCAGCUUGUAAAAAAUGCAGAAAAAAAUGGUACUUUUCCUUAAAAAGAAGAAAAUCAGAUUUGAUAUUUGUAACCAGGCAGUCAGACUUUUUGCAUUUUAAGUGUAAUAUAAAUCAUAUAUGCUAAAAGGUUACUUGUGUAAAGUCAUUCGGAACUUGAGCUAUUUUUACUAUUUAAAUUAUAUGUGGCUUGUCAAGGUACUAGACUCUUUGUUUUGGUUAAAAGGGGAAAAGAGUGGUUGGUUCCUAGAAACUAGGAACAAAGAUGUGUGAAAUGCAGGACAGGCAGUUGUUUCCCCAAGGAUUUGAUAGAAUAGUAUACAUGUACAAUAGAAUUCAUUGUCCUUAAACAGUUGGUUAGAAUGUUCCUUACAAAAUUCAAAUAGUCACUGAAUUAUGGUUCUCGACAAUUUAUACAAUACAUGAACAAGUGGUGAUAUGCACUUUAUAAGUACUAUGAUUAUUAUUAUUAAUGGGAUUUAGAAUUGGGAGAAAAACCUUCUGACCAACUUCACCCUCACAUCCGCUCUUCACCUGACAUUAAGACUUUCAAACUGGCACUGGACAACAUCAACAUUCAAGACCUGGCUCCCAAAACCCAAUCAAGAAUUUAGUUGCUGCACACCUGACCCUGACCAACGUACGUCGACAACCUUCUAGGUGUUUGUACGUUUAUGAAACAGAAACAGAUUGAACCUAUCACUGGCAACAGUGGUCAUGAUUACACAGUUCAUCUGUACACACAGUAAUGAUUUUCAUAAUGGCACACAUGGACACGCAUGGUGUGAUGCAUCAAGUCAGAUCCUGUAAUUUGAUUUAGUUCUGCAUUAUUGUUUUACAAGAGGCCAGACUCUACAUGAAGAUACCUUGUUAAAAGUGUAAGAGUAUCCGGCAAUAAUUAUUAAUGUGACAUGUCCGCUCUGAACACAGGUUUUUCAGUUCUCAGUUACUUUCUGCUGGUUUAGAUUUUGUCAUUUAUAAUUUUUUUGUAAAUUUUCUUAUUUUUAAUAUGCUUAUUGUACCUGUCAUGAGUCUGAUUAAUUUCACUGUUAGUCAGUGACGAAACCAAGUACUACUGCAUGCUGAUUUCCAGACCCAUUUUUAUCUACAUUUAUGGUCAAAACACUUCAUUUGUAAUGCAUGCUUAUAUAUUAAAGAUUCCUAAAUUAUUAUAAAAUAAUACGUUCUCGGAAACAAAUGUCUGUAUAUAAGUAAAGUAAUCUCUUUCUUUUUUUUACUCGGCAAUGAAGAAUGUGUCAGGUUUUAAAAUGUCUUUUCACAUUAUUUUUGGGAUGUAAGUUGCUGUACAUGUAGAUAAAGUGGGAACAAACAUGACCGAUUGAUUCAAUUUUAAUUCUCUUGCCAAGGAAUUUUAAUGUAUUUUGCUUUUAUAUGAUAGGCAAAUCUGAGACGAUACAGAAAAAUCUCACUGUUUGAAUCGAUGUCCUAUAAACCUAGGGAAUAAUUUUGAAAUAGUGUGGUGAUUUCGUUUAUAUCAUUGAUAAGAUUGAUAGCUUCUGAAAACAUGCAUUUGAAUUUUACUGAACAGUUCUACCUAGUUCGUGGUGGUUGGCUUUUGUUUGACAUCUCAUUUUUACUUUUUUAAACACUUUUCACUGCUUUAUUUGUUUAAAAUUAUAAUGUAACAUUUUAUUGACUUCCCAAAUGCACUUGUCAUGAUACUCUACAGGGUGCCCC